GUGUCUGUGUGUGGUACGGGGCAGCGACGCUGGACAGAGUGCGAGAGCGAGAGCGGAGUUACAACUUAACCGCUUCCAGUCGUUUCUAAACAUAUCGGAAAUACAGUGGAGCAGUUUUUUGGGAUUAUGAGAAGGUAUUUUUUGAGAAGGUUCGAACGAGAGUUGGAGUUGUGCGAGUGAACGUUGGAGCGGCUGCGCUCCGGACGUGCUGAGGAGAAAGAGGCAGUCGGUCGCUUUCUGUGUACAGUCACAUACAGGCGCAUGAACGGGAGAUGCUGGAGCGCUGGGUUUCUUCUUAAACUCGGAAGUUUUCGACGCCGUUAAGCGCUAGAAGUGCCCCGAAGUCGAACCGGUUCUGGCUCCCUUUUUAAAAAGUCGUUUUUUGGUUCUUCUAACGGCCGUUUGAACGGUUGGAGACGCGCAGGCAGCACAGCAGGUGAAAGGGUUCGUGCUCAUCCGUACACGAAGACCGUGGAUCGGGGUGUGUUCACCCCCAGCACUGACCGGUGUCCUGAUGUGCUGAUUUACUCCGGACCCCCUUCCACCCAGCAAAAGCGGCUAGCCUUUGAGAACCAAAGGAUACAUUUCAAGAUGUAUCCACAGGGCCGGCAUCCGGCGCCCCACCAGCCUGGUCAGCCAGGCUUUAAAUUCACAGUGGCAGAGUCGUGCGACAGGAUCAAGGAUGAGUUUCAGUUCCUGCAAGCUCAGUAUCACAGUCUUAAGGUGGAGUACGACAAACUCGCCAACGAAAAGACGGAAAUGCAGCGCCACUAUGUCAUGUACUACGAGAUGUCCUACGGGCUGAACAUCGAAAUGCACAAACAGACAGAGAUUGCUAAAAGGCUCAAUGCAAUUUUGGCUCAGAUUAUGCCCUUCCUGUCACAAGAGCACCAACAGCAGGUCGCUCAGGCUGUUGAACGUGCCAAACAAGUGACCAUGACCGAGCUGAAUGCGAUCAUCGGGGUACGUGGACUGCCCAAUCUGCCUCUUACCCAGCAGCAGCUCCAGGCACAGCAUCUCUCUCACGCCGCCCACGGCCCCAUGGUUCUGCCGCCGCACCCCUCGAGCCUGCAGCCUCCAGGAAUCCCUCCGGUCUCCGGCACCGGCUCAGGCCUGCUGGCACUGGGCGCGCUGGGCAGCCAGCCCCAUCUGCCCGUAAAGGAUGAGAAGAAUCACCAUGACCUGGAGCAUAGAGAGAACACGAACAACUCCAUCUCCCCAUCCGACAGCCUGCGUACCUCCAGCGAGAAGCACCGCAGCUCCUCCGACUACAACCUGGACUCGAAGAAACGCAAGAUGGAGGAGAAGGACAACAUGAGCAGAUAUGACAGUGAUGGAGACAAGAGUGAUGAUCUUGUGGUCGACGUUUCUGUUGAGGAUCCGGCCACGCCCCGAGCAAGCCCAGCCCAUUCGCCACCCGAAAACGGCAUCGACAAGCCUCGUCCAACGAAGAAGGACACGCCCAACAGCCCAGCCUCAGUGGCCUCAUCUGGCAGCACGCCUUCUUCUAAAAACAAGGAGCAUGGCCAUAAUGACAAAUCGUCCACGCCCGGUCUCAAGUCCAACACGCCCACACCUCGUAACGACGCCCCCACCCCUGGCACAAGCACUACGCCAGGCUUGCGACCCAUCCUGGGAAAACCUCCAAUGGAGGCUCUUGCUGCUCCUGCACUGCGCACCCCGCUGUCCAUCGCUGGCUCUUACCCUGCUCCGUUUGCCAUGAUGGGCCACCAUGAGAUGAACGGCUCACUCACUAGUCCCGGGGUGUACGCUGGCCUGCACAUCUCACCCCAGAUGAGUGCAGCUGCCGCAUACGGUCGGCCUCCUAUUGUGGGCUUCGAUCAUCCUCAUAUGAGAGCCCCGGUCCUUCCUGCCAACCUCACCUCUAUCUCUGGAGGAAAACCGGCGUACUCUUUCCACGUCAGCGCCGACGGCCAAAUGCAGCCGGUGCCCUUUCCCCCGGACGCUCUGAUCGGCCCUGGGAUCCCACGCCACGCUCGCCAGAUCAACACCCUCAGCCACGGCGAGGUGGUGUGCGCCGUGACCAUCAGCAACCCCACGCGUCACGUCUACACCGGUGGCAAGGGCUGCGUCAAGAUCUGGGACAUCAGCCAGCCUGGCAGCAAGAGUCCCGUGUCUCAGCUAGAUUGCCUGAACCGGGAUAACUACAUCCGGUCCUGCAAGCUGCUGCCCGACGGUCGUACGCUGAUCGUGGGCGGCGAAGCGAGUACCUUGACCAUCUGGGAUUUGGCCUCCCAGACGCCGCGCAUUAAGGCUGAGCUGACCUCGUCGGCCCCGGCCUGCUACGCGCUGGCCAUCAGCCCCGACGCCAAGGUCUGCUUCUCCUGCUGCAGCGAUGGCAACAUUGCCGUCUGGGACCUGCACAACCAGACCCUCGUCAGGCAGUUCCAGGGCCACACAGAUGGCGCAAGCUGCAUCGACAUUUCUCACGACGGCACCAAACUCUGGACGGGCGGCCUCGACAACACCGUGCGCUCCUGGGACCUGAGAGAGGGCCGGCAGCUUCAACAGCACGACUUCACCUCCCAGAUCUUCUCGCUGGGUUACUGCCCGACGGGUGAGUGGCUGGCCGUGGGCAUGGAGAGCAGCAACGUGGAGGUGCUCCAUCACACCAAGCCCGACAAGUACCAGCUCCAUCUGCACGAGAGCUGCGUACUCUCACUCAAAUUCGCCUACUGUGGUAAAUGGUUCGUGAGCACUGGGAAGGACAAUCUGUUGAACGCGUGGAGGACUCCCUACGGCGCCAGCAUAUUCCAGUCAAAGGAAUCUUCGUCGGUUCUGAGCUGCGACAUCUCGGCGGAUGACAAGUACAUAGUGACCGGCUCUGGCGACAAGAAAGCCACGGUGUACGAGGUGAUCUACUAGACGGACACCCGACCGAUCGCUAAAGCCAGACGAAGUAGGAACCAGGACUGUCUCCCCCCCCCCCCUUUAUGAACACAUCGGCACCCUACACAAAUCAUGAUGGACCGCUUGAUUAAGCACCUGGACUACUUCAUUGAGGACUGGACAGGGUUCAGCCCAGCCACUGAUGCUCCUCACUCGUUCAUUCCUGUAUCACCGGGGGCGUAUGGCACUAGAGAAGAGAAUACUAUUGGUUUUUUUGGGAUUUUUAUGGUCUUUUUUCCAACGUGAAGCGGCGCUUCGUCCCCGAAACUGUAUCCACAUGGAGUUUCUGUGAAAAUUGUACAUAAUGGAGUAUUAAAAGGCCUUUUAUAGAUUUAUAUUUUGGUGUUCAGUUACACUCGUGAUGGUUCUUUCUCUCUCACCCUUUUCCUUGAUGCUUUGUUUUUUCCGCCGGGGUUUGGAAAUUAAAUUAGGACUUUUUUUUUUUUUUUCUAAGGAUAUUCAAGCUCUUUUUUCCCUGAGAAGUUAAUUUUCUAGGCUGACCUUUUAUGGGAAUCUAAUUUACUUCAACUCCCUCUCUUUCAAAAUUGAAAAACAAUUUUGAGCUAGAUCGCAUUUCAGAGAUGCUUUUUUUUUUUUGGUGAAAUGUCCUGUGGAUUUUUUUUCCUCGCUGAGUGGUGGAUUGCAUUGCUCCUGCCUUAUCCUGCGAGCACUGACGGAUGCUACCUAAAGAGCCGCCUCUCCUAGGCGUAAGGAGAACGGACGAUCAUCAAAGACCGAGUAGCCCGGACGGGUGGCUGUUUAAUAGGCGUGAAUGUGUACUGAUUGACAGCAAGUGACUUCAUUACAUUAAUGUAUGGACAGGACACACAGCGUUUUGUCAGUAAAUGUUCCUCCCUCUUUUUUUGGUCCUGUGGGUCAUUUUUUGAGCUUGUUUGCCUAGUAACUCGUAUACAGGAAGCACAGAGUGGGCUUACGUGUUCGUGGUCAGAUUUGCAGACUUGAAGCGGAUGAUCGGCGGACUUCUUCGUUGUACAGAACUGUCUCAUGCCUUACAGUCAGCUGAUACAGUCACGUCUUAAACACACACCAAAGUAUGUAGCAAACUGUGUUGUCACUGAAGAUAUGUACAGUUGUUGAUAAUACAAUAAACUGUUUUUGUAAA